AUGGCAGCCGCGUCUGCAACCAUAGACAUGUCUCAGGUUCCUGCGGGGACACCUCCCGCCGGGGUGACUCCCAACCUAUAUGGCAAUCCUCCGUCAUUGCAAUCUACGAUCAUUGGAUUUGCCGCACUCUUCUACAUCCUGACCACCAUUGCUGUCUCCCUUCGCCUGUAUUCUGUUGCUCGGAGCCUACAGAAGAUUGCCGCAGACGAUGUUCUAUGCAUACUUGCCGUGAUCUGCACUUUCGCCUAUAUGGGUUUUCUGAUCCACUUGAGCUAUGCAGCUCGGCACAUGUGGGACGUGCCUUUAUCGUGGCUGUAUAGCGACCAAGAAUACUGGCGACUGCGCUUGGCGCAGAAUCUUUUCAACCCGCUCGCCUUUUUCUUUUCGCGGGCACCAGUAUUCGUGCUCUACCGCCGUCUGUUCGAUGCCCCACUUCACCGCAAUUUUUCCAAGGCAUGCUGGGCUGGUCUGAUUGCGGCAUUUUUGCUAUAUAUCCAUACCUUCAUUCUGACGGCAGUUGUCUGUGCCCCGCGCGCGGGCCACUCAUACCUUGAUAUGGACACCUUCCACCGCUGUUCAAAGGCGUUGCCGGACGCAAUUGUGCAGGGAGCAGGGAACAUUCUCCUAGAUGCCUAUGCACUGAUCCUGCCGCAGCCUAUAAUCUGGAAAUUGAAGUUAUCGCGGCAGAAAAGGCUGAACAUCGCCUUGGUAUUCGGUGUUGGUUGUAUAGCUCUACUAGCCAGCUGCAUUAGCAUGUACUACCGAGUCCAGCUGCACGUUGGGAGCGAUACUGACUGGAACGAAGGCGCAUACGAUGUUACCUCGUAA